AGACAACGCGGAGGGCCUCCCUGCCCUGUGACUUUGCUCCGCCGGUGAUAAUUUCCAGGUUACUGUGUAGGAGCGUCUGGCGUAGGAUCGUGUGCGGAAGACCGAGGGAGGGAGUGCGCGUGUGAGCCUGUCAGGCCGGGCGGGUCCAUAUCCGGGUGGACCGGGUGGGUGGGGCAGCCCCUCCCUCCCUCCAGGUCCCGAGGUGGAUAGGGGGUGGGGAGUGAGGCGCAGAGAUUCCCUUUCGCCCCUUCGGAUCCAAGGGAGGGUGGCAGAAGGAAUGCGUGGGUGACUCGGCGUGGAUUUAGGGCGUGCCCAACUUGCAGAUCGGCCUCCUAGAGUGUCCCCAGGGCCUAAGAGGCCGCAGGGACACGAAGGAAGAGAAGGAAGAACCCGAAGAGGGCUCGCUUAGCCGGCCACCCGCUCCGAACUUGCCCGGGAAACUAGUGCGGAGGGAGGGGCCGGGCCCUGGCCGCGGCGGGAGGAGGGGCGGCCGCAGCUGCAUCCAGCCCCGUUGGCUUCCUUCCCAGCUCUCCUUCGCCUCCUCCUCCUCUUCCUCCUGUAUGAGUCAGGCAUUUCCCGGGGAUUUGGAGCAGCCACGCGCGGCCCGGGCGCCCGGAGCUGUAGCAGCAGCAGCAGCCGCCGUGCCGGGGCCACCACCGCGGCGGGCACCCGCGUCCCGGGCGCGCACGGACCAUGGAGAGGGCAACCCAGGGCACAGACGGCGGCGGGGGUAGCAACAGCAGCAGCCGCAGCAGCAGCCGUGCUACCUCGGCGGGCUCCUCGCCCUCCUGCUCUCUGGCGGGCCGGGGGGUCUCCAGCCGGUCUGCGGCGGCCGGGCUCGGCGGCGGGGGCAGCCGCAGCAGCCCGGGCUCAGUGGCCGCUAGCCCUUCCGGGGGAGGCGGCCGCAGGAGGGAGCCGGCGCUCGAGGGCGUGCUCAGCAAAUACACCAACCUCCUCCAGGGCUGGCAGAACAGGUACUUCGUACUGGAUUUCGAGGCUGGCAUCCUGCAGUAUUUUGUGAAUGAGCAAAGCAAACACCAGAAGCCUCGAGGAGUCCUGUCUUUGUCUGGAGCCAUAGUGUCCCUGAGCGACGAAGCUCCUCACAUGCUGGUCGUGUACUCUGCUAAUGGAGAGAUGUUUAAACUGAGAGCUGCUGAUGCAAAAGAGAAACAAUUCUGGGUGACUCAGCUUCGAGCUUGUGCCAAAUACCACAUGGAAAUGAAUUCUAAGAGUGCUCCAGGCUCCCGAAGCCGAAGUCUCACUUUGCUCCCACAUGGAACACCCAAUUCUGCGUCUCCCUGUAGCCAGAGACACCUCAGUGUGGGGGCCCCCGGUGUUGUCACAAUCACGCAUCACAAGUCGCCUGCAGCCGCCCGAAGAGCCAAGAGUCAGUAUCCCGGCCAGCUUCACGAAGUCAGAGAGAUGAUGAACCAGGUGGAAGGGCAGCAGAAGAACCUCGUGCACGCCAUUGAGUCCCUGCCAGGGUCCGGCCCCCUCACUGCCUUGGACCAGGACCUGCUGCUCCUGAAAGCUACCUCUGCUGCCACCCUCAGCUGCCUUGGGGAGUGCCUCAACUUGUUACAGCAGAGUGUGCACCAGGCGGGCCAGCCCAGCCAGAAGCCAGGAGCCUCGGAAAACACCCUGGGAUGGCACGGGCCCAAGUCACAUUCCACAGAGCAGCUGAAAAAUGGGACACUUGGCUCUUUGCCAUCAGCCAGUGCCAACAUAACCUGGGCCAUUUUACCAAACUCCACUGAAGACGAACAAACCUCACAGCCAGAGCCAGAGCCAAACUCAGGCUCUGAAUUGGUUUUGUCCGAAGAUGAAAAAAGUGACAAUGAAGAUAAGGAAGAGACGGAAUUGGGCGUUAUGGAGGAUCAGCGUAGUGUAAUUCUUCAUCUCAUUUCACAACUCAAACUUGGAAUGGAUUUGACCAAGGUGGUGCUUCCCACCUUUAUCCUGGAGAAGCGCUCUUUGCUGGAGAUGUAUGCAGAUUUUAUGGCUCACCCAGAUCUACUGCUGGCCAUCACCGCUGGGGCCACACCAGAGGAGAGAGUCAUUUGCUUCGUGGAGUAUUAUCUCACAGCCUUUCACGAGGGCCGCAAGGGCGCUUUAGCCAAGAAGCCCUACAACCCCAUCAUAGGCGAGACAUUUCACUGCUCCUGGGAAGUUCCCAAGGACAGAGUCAAGCCUAAGAGGACUGCUCCCCGCUCUCCUGCUGGCUGUCAUGAACACCCAAUGGCCGAUGACCCUUCCAAAAGCUACAAACUAAGGUUUGUGGCUGAGCAAGUGUCCCAUCACCCACCCAUCUCCUGCUUCUACUGUGAGUGCAAGGAGAAGAGACUGUGCGUCAGCACUCAUGUAUGGACCAAAAGCAAGUUCAUGGGCAUGUCCGUGGGGGUCUCUAUGAUAGGGGAAGGUGUGUUGAGGCUCCUGGAACACGGGGAGGAGUACGUAUUCACCCUGCCUAGUGCCUACGCCCGGUCCAUUCUCACCAUCCCAUGGGUGGAGCUCGGAGGAAAAGUCAGCAUCAACUGUGCCAAGACUGGGUACUCAGCGACGGUGAUAUUCCACACGAAGCCUUUCUAUGGAGGGAAAGUCCACAGGGUUACCGCAGAAGUGAAGCACAACCCAACCAACACCAUUGUUUGUAAAGCCCAUGGGGAAUGGAAUGGUACUUUAGAGUUCACCUACAGCAAUGGAGAAACCAAAGUCAUCGACACAACCACACUGCCAGUGUAUCCCAAGAAGAUCAGACCUCUCGAGAAGCAGGGGCCCAUGGAGUCCAGGAACCUCUGGCGGGAGGUGACCCGAUACCUGCGGCUGGGGGACAUUGACGCAGCCACCGAGCAGAAGCGGCAUCUGGAGGAGAAGCAACGGGUAGAGGAACGGAAGCGCGAGAACCUCCGCACACCAUGGAAGCCCAAAUAUUUUAUCCAGGAGGUAACUCUGCGGUCUGUCAUUGGGCCUUUGCCCAGGAGAGAACUUGUCCUGAGAGGGUAGAUGGGUUUUUCUUGCUGACUCCCCGGAUUGGAUAAAUACCAGCCAGGGGCAGGGAUAGACUGGGGCAUCUCGGUUCUGACUCCAGCUUUGGAUCAGGCUUCAGGACAGGUUUUCUGCCACAAUAUUCAUGAAACCUUCUGGAAGGCAGAACCGAGCAACUGACACUUCCCCUCUAGUAUCCCGAUGUCAGAAAAGCAUGUCAGCCUGCCUGCGAGGGAACGGAAUGGGACUGCAGACUGGAUACUGUUCUAUUUUUAAAAAGAAAACCAUCAUGGCCCCUGUUACAUCAUCUUUAGUAACAAACUAGUUGUGGAGUGCCUCACAGCCCAUCUCCACACGUGGGUGGGCUGGAGCCCUCACUGAUGAAGAAUUGCCUUUCAGAGCUUUGCCUCCUGUGGGCCACAAGGGCUAGUCAUGCAGGGGAAGGCCAGCCUGAGUCCUAUGCCUAAAAUGCUGCUGCUGUCACCUGCAUAUGUGACACUGGAAGCUAGAAAUAAUAUCUGGGCAAGUGGGCAGGGCACUGUGUGCCCAGCUGAAGCCCUUACGCCCUUGAAGUUGUGGAGGGAUUGGGAACCACUCUGAGAACAGAGUUGGACAUUAUGAAUAUGUAGGAGCCACGUGUCUUAAAGCAAGCCCACAGGAACCCAGCAACAUCAGUGAGCAGCAGGCCGGUGAGGACUGGGGCAGAUGCCACUCAUCUCCCGGUGAUAACAGGUUGUCUAGUUGUUCAUGAGGAGCCAGAAAUCUGAAUUUUUAUGAGAAAUCUCAUAUUUGCAUGGUCAAAGAAUUAAAAAAUAUUAAAUACCAGGAGCCAAUCAAAAUGUAUCUGUGGGCUUUCUUUAGCCCAGGUGCUGCUAACCCCUGACUUCUGCUACAAAGAGGGAUUAUUCUGUCUACAUACAAGGCUCUUGAGAAGUGAGUUGGGGCAACAUAGUAGGUUAACCGGGGUAGAUUCAUGUUAAGAGCAGGGAGCCACCACUGUUCUCCCCAGAGUCAGGAACUGUGGGCUGUGGACUGAAGGAGAUUUCAAGAUUGGAUUCUGGUUCAGACAGGAAAGCUGCCUAGAGAAGACUGCCUUUAUGGGUCACUGAGUGGGGACCCUGUGUGGUCCCCACUUUUGACGUAAAACCUCGAAAGAUCCUUCUGUGAGGUGGAUCCCUUUUCUCUUGAGAGAGCUAGUAGCUUGAGAGAGCUAGUUUAUCUGACCUUUGUGGAAGGUUGUGCAUUAAACAGCAACAACAACGAAAAAAACAUUUACAGUUCUUCCUGGGUUUAAGAAAAGCCAGUAUGUCCAUAACAGAAGGGCUGGGGACAUGUAAGGAAUAAGAGUCAUCUGAACAGCAGCACAGUUAUUCAGUAUAGCGCCUUCUAGUCAUAACUAGAUGGUAUGUAUUAAUACCAUUUUAAUUCUUGCCUUUUUCCCACUUCAUAUUUGAUUGGCCUGUGCUGAUUUGUUUGUGACUACUGCCUGCUAGAGAAAGCCUUUGUUGGGUCCCCUGUGGGCUGGUGGGCUGGAAGUCACUUCCCUUGCCUUUUCUUUCCCCUGGCCAUUCAUCUAGCUACUCUGUUUUCUCUUGUCCCACUGUCAAAGUGCUUUUUUUUUUUUUUUGGUCAAGUAAUCAGCCUUGAUGGAAGCCAACCAAGCUCCCCCUUUAUUUUGCUCAUUUCAUGGGGUUUCCUCCUGCCAUGCCAGGGUGGGAAGGUCAAGGUCAUCUAGGUCUCUGAAGAGCAGUUGGGCUGAGGAGGGGUACUGAGGCCAGCAGCCUGGCCUGUGUGUGAGGUAUUAAGACAGGGCAGAUGCAGACUGGCUGCAGUUAUCCUUGCUUCCCCCUUUCCCUGUUGAGAGGUCUCCAUGUAAUAAUGCCUCCUUUCUUCUCUUGCAGGGUGAUGGCUGGGUAUACUUCAAUCCCCUCUGGAAGGCACACUGAUGGGGUGGAGGUGCAGAGCUUUCCAGUAUAGCCCUGUUUUUGUAGGAAUAUUAAAGUAGUAGAGUAUCAGGGUUUUGUUGGCAUUCACUGAGACCUUGUAUUAGAAUCCAAGAAAUGAUAACAGAGAAAUUAUUUACUAUGAAAAGUGCACCCCCACACUCUGCUAGAGGAAUGAAUUUAUUCAAGAGCCAUUUGGGGCAUGUGUAUGUACAUACUGUAUAUGUUCACACACAUGCACUAUGUACACAUCUGCUGACUAUGAUUACACAUGUAAAUACUGCACUCACCAAGGUUAAAGGUUAAAGUGCAUAAACGUAAGCUCCUUUUUAUCAAUGAAGUUUGAAGUUUUCUAUUUUUCACUUUGCCAAAAAUGUUUUACACUCACAAAGAUAUUCUCACUUAGUCAACUCCUGUCAAAAUGAAGGUGAACUGGCAUGGCCUAAUCACUGUCCAUAUAGGAGAAAGUGGCUCAUUCCUGGUAGAAGUAUGGAUGGCUAUCAUUUCAAAAUUAUUGUGAUUCUCACCUCGCUCUCCACCUCAGUGUUUUGUCUGUCCGCGCCCAAGAAAGAUAAGCAACUAUUUCCUGUUGGAUGGGGGUUGGCAGGAAGCUGUUAAAGAUUUAUGCCAGAGCCUUGCAGGAUGGAGCACGUCUGGGACAACUGAGAGCGAAGGCCCACCAAGGAGUUUUCCACCCAUCUCUCAUGGUCACAGCGCUGGUCAUACAUUUUUGAGAAGUUGCUUCUUUUACAUCAGAAAAUCAGUCGAUCAUAUGGAGACUUCUUUUGUGAUGAAAAAGGGCUUUAGAAGUUAAAUACACACAUGCACAUGAAAACAUGCACAACCACAGCCUCAAUCUUGUAUUUAGUUUGGGGAAAGAGAAGAGAAUUUCCUGUGGAUUAUUUUUUCCUCAAGUGUACCUCUCUGGUUAACCCGAACUCUGCAAGAAAGCACUGUGAUUAAAACAUACAUAACGCCUGCAUAAAUAUUCCAUGGUUUCAGUUAAAUUUCAGUCUUUACACAUGAGGUCAAAGGAGUGACCAAAAUACAAAGCAAGGAAAAAAUGAAAUACCCGGUUUUUGCUGAAUGCUUAAUUUAUUUUUUACUGUGCCACUUCAAUAUUUAUAAAAUCCAGAUAGCAUGAAUGCUUCUCUGUAGUAAUACUAAUUUUGUGCCUUUUGUCUGCUUUCUUAAGACCAGUUGUUCACACUUUGUAGAUAUUAGACAAAUAUAUUUCGAUUGAAUACA